AUGGAGUCUGUCACGGACAAGGCCUCAACCUCAAGCAAUCGAUCGCAGCAAAACAAUCAGAAUGUAGGUAUUUUACAAUUAAUCAAAACACUUUACUAAUAUUUUCUUUAUCUAUCUCAAUUUAUUAAGUACCACUGACAAUAUGUAUCAAGAAUCCGCCGACAAUUGCAAAAUUUCGGAAUUAGUUUUAUUCUUCUUAGUCGACCCGUUGAAAUGAUGUACUUUGUGUCUUUUUCGUAGAGGUAAAAUAAAGGUCUUCUUUAUAAGCUUAUUAAAAGGUCUGGUAAAUCUUAAAGCUUUAUCCUUGUAGUUUAAUGCCUAAAAUUUUAUUUCUUGGCCCACCAUAAGAAGCGCGUCCAGGUUGAAAAGAGUUUGGGCUAUUAUGACAAAAACCGCGAUGUGAACCGUUGAACGGCUGCAAACUCGUGCUUAUAUAAAAAAAAAAAAAAAAUAAACAACUUUAUUUAAGGAAGGUCUGCAUUAAUUUGAGUAAUCAUACUUAUAAACAGGACAGCUUCCUUGUAAACGCUUUAAGACUAAAGUACUCUUAUUGAACUCAACUUCGUCCUAGAAAGGGACCCACGCUUAUUUCUUGAAGAGUUUUACAUUGUUCGACCUUGUGUCAGCUUCCAAGAUAACUCGGGUAGCGCGUUUUGAAGCUUGAAGACUCUCAUUACGUUAUCACUUGAGCAGUUCGACCAAACAGUUGAUCCAUAUAUCAUUAAUUGUUUUAUCACUGCGUUAUAGUAUAAUAUGCGCUGUUCAAUGUGGAGGAAUCUUAUCUCUUAAUUUUAAUGCAACGAUCGUAUUUUUUCUAUUAUGAUGCGUUUCCCAUGAUAUCUACUGAAGCACAUCAAUUAAUUCUUGUGCAAAUUAUCUACUUGAUUUAUUUUGAGAAGCUGUAGUUUUCUUGAUGUAGGACGUCCAAAGACCUCCUCCCUUAGCAACGCUCUUGCAUUAGACCUUCCUUUUUUCUAUUCAUGAUAAUAUGAUUAACCAUUUUCCUCGAAAAGAAAUAUACUCAAGAGGAAAUUGAUGCAGCCUACGCUCUUCUUGCAUUGAGCAACUCAGCCCCAGACCCAUCAGCAGGUAACAGAGCUGCGCGUCCAAAGCUUGAAGCGGAACUUUAUGUCACAAUGGAUGAACCUCCUAUGGCUCCACAAAACACGUCUAUAGAACAUCACCUAAAGAGUGUCCAACACAGCAUGGAUAGUCAAGUAUCACCUUUAACUAAACUGAACUCAUUUGUUGCCACGACUCUACCAGUUAGAGAAGGACAUUACGUUUACAGUCACUACGUUUCUCAGCCAGUGAGUUCAUGAUUCUAUUUUAUUGAAAAUUUCAUUGAUCAAUCCAUGAACAAGGGCCAUUUAUUUCAGAAAUGUAACAAACUUGCUAACUUCUGUUGUGAAACUUUUGGGAAGUAAACGCAAUCCAAUGUUUUUGAGAGACUGAACAUCUCGUUUGAUCACCUUGCUGUGACUAGUUGGUCAAGUAUGGCUGUGUGCUGUGUCCGAAACUUAAAAUCGAACACCGAAAAAUUGUUUCGUUUUCCGUUUUUUCCAAUAUUUUUUGGGCGUUUUACCACACUUAGCCAGGAAAUACAUAUUAGAGAUGAAAUAAACAAAUCCGUACUAUUUAACUUUAUUUCAGUGCGACAUUACCAUGUGGAGAUGCGAGACUCAUGGAUCCUGGUCUUGUCAACAGUGUUUCCAUGCAGCAAAUCCGUAA